AUGAAUGGCAAUAUUUUGGACAGCAGUCAGGGGCUGGAAGUCCAGUUCAGCAAUUUAGGGUUUGGUCAUGGUGGCUUUUACGGUUCAGCGAAUCCUGAUAAACAGAUGAUUGGAGCAAAUACUCGGAAUGGGGUCAACAACAAUAACAUGCAAUUCCCUGGUGCACGAAAUUCGAACAUUUCUCCGUAUGUGGGUGGGGGGAUUAUGAAUAAUGCACCGAGUUCAUCAUCGCGAUUUUCUUCGGAUGCAGCUGGAAUCAACUAUUUCUGGGGCGGUGACGCCCCAGAACCAGAAAAUAGACAACAAGCGACGGCGGGAACUAUGGCAGGUACAAUGGCGGCUAACAGUAUCAUGGACACUGUUAACAGCUCGAAAUAUUCAGAUUAUCACACGACAUUCAAUUCAUCAGGGAGUUCGGGUCAAGCAGAUGCGUUGCAUUUGGAAUUGCAAAUGAAAGAGGCUCAAAUCGAGUCUCUGGAGUCUGAAAUUCAAAAGCUCAAAGGUAGUUUCAACAAGAGUGUGAUGUCACGACAAGAUCCGCGCCAAAUAUUGUCUGAUGGCACAGUCGAAAUUCCAGCGUCGCUGGAAUUAAUGUUCACGCAAUUGGCCUCGUCGUUAGCUCAAAAAGAUGUCGAGCUUGAAGAUACUAAGCAACGUUUGGAAAGCUUGGUUACUGCGAUAGCAUUAAAUCCUUCAAACUCAGUUACACGCAUUGGGCGAUACGAUGAAGAGGCCAUUGCUCAUAAAAUCGUUAUAAGGCUUGAAAUGUUAACCAAAGAGAAUCAAGAAAUGGCCAAAAUGAUCAGUUACGGAAGGGCCAAAGAAGCUCAUAUAGAAAUUGAACUUCUGAAACGAGAAAAUCAGGAAUUGAAAACCAAAGUGCAACAAUUGGAGGAUAAUUCCUCCAAAUAA